AUGGCACAGCCGAUGUCAAGCGAUGUGUUCGUCUUGGGUUUGUUGCCCAUCGAGGUGGAGGAGAAAGAAGCAGAAGAGAAGGAAGAGGAGAAGAAAGAUGAGGAGAUGCCAGAGGAGAAGGCUGAAGAUAUAGAUGACGAUGAUGAGGAACCAGAGAAGAUUGAAGAGCCACACGCCUCGAACGAAAAGCUCCACUGGCCCCAGAAGAUUGGAAGCGACUCGGAGUCGGAGAAAGGCAGGCUCGAGGCACCGGGCGAUGCGAUCGGAGCGUUGGAGAUUUCAGAAGCAUGGUUCGGCUCCCCGAGCGACGCGGCGCAGCGCUGCGACGUCACGGCCGCGGUGCGCGCCGCCGGCGCCGCCGGCGCCGUGCGGGCGACGGCGGCGGCGCUGGGCGUGGCGAGCGGCGGGGGGCGCAGAAAGUUGUGGGUCUCCUGCUCCUACCGUUGGCUGGAUGAGGAUGCGGCUCAGAUGUGCAGGCAGCUGGCUGAGAAGGCGGGGGAGGAGGUGCGUGUGGAAGACCCACGACUGCUGCAGCUUCACCGGCUUCUGAGCGAACCCUUGGGGCCUUUGAAGAAGGCCAUGGUGGAGCAACAGUUGCAGACCUUGCGUCUUCAGCUUUGCGCCUCUUUGGCCCUCGAUGGUCUCCUCUGCCUGGCGCAGCGCCGCACCCAGACCUUCGCCCGCGCCGCCGCGGCGGUAGCCACUCACGGUUUUCCCUUUGCCUACGUGGCCUGCCGUGCUGCCCAGGGCCUCGCCGCCGCGCUGCGCUUCGGCGGAAGCGGCGUCGACGCGGGAAGCGCCUCGCGUGCAGAGGUGCGGGAGUUCCUGACGCCCUGCGCGCGCAGAGGCGAGCGCCUCGUGUUCGAACGGCUCUUCGGCGAGUUCUUUAAGCACGUGCAUGGCGAGUGGCUCCAUCUGGGGGAUGCCAGGUCCAUUGAAGAGCUCAACGAGCUGGUGAAGGUGGCGCAAGAAGAGAUGCUGGAGCUUCUUUCACGCCAUGCCAAGGAGCCGAGGCCCAGCGCGGAGGAGCAGACGCUCCGCGCCGAGGCGCUGCACGCGGCCACGGCGUUGGGCUUUUGCGUCUUGUGCCUGCGACCCUUGCAGCAGUUCCCCGACGAGGCCGGCUGA